GACGCGUCUACAGAAGCAGAACGCUGAUUGGAUGGGGUUUAGAUUGAGCCUUCCCGCCAGGCAUUUUACGGCAAUCUGAUUGGCUGUUGAAUCCUUUUCCCUGUACGACCCGGAAAUCGGCACAAGCAUGGCUGCUGGUGAUAUACUGUCAAUAUAGAUUGAUUAAAUGUCGUAAUACGAGUCCUGAUCAGAAGACAACAAGUAGGAAUACUAUCUGGAGAUGUAGUUAUGUAUUUAAGGGAGUAUUGAGCCGAACAAUGGAGCACAGUGGAGAGGAGACACCGAGCAGAGAGUUCACCUUCAGAGACAACAACAGUGAGGACUGCCUGUGUGUGUCCAUACCAGAGGUUCUGGACCCACAGUAUGGGAUGUAUGUGUGGCCCAGUGCCGUGGUGCUGGCUCAGUAUCUAUGGAAACGGAGAGAGGAGCUGAGAUUCAGCACAGUGCUGGAGCUUGGUGCAGGUGUGAGUCUACCAGGUGUGGUGGCGGCGAGGUGCGGUGCUCAGGUGAUCCUGUCUGACGGCGCUAAGACUCCUCUGUGUCUGCAGAACUGCCGGCGCAGCUGUGAGGCCAACGGGCUCCGAGACGUGGCCGUGGUGACUCUCACCUGGGGGGAGGUCUCACCUGAGCUCCUCCUGCUCCCAGAGCUCCACAUCAUCUUGGGAUCGGACGUUUUCUACGAGCCUCAGGAUUUUGAAGACGUCCUCCUGACUGUUGCUUUCCUUCUGAGGAAAAACCCCAGAGCUCAGUUCUGGACCACAUACCAGGAGAGGAGUGCUGAUUGGUCGAUUGAAGCGCUGCUCCACAGGUGGAAUCUAAACUGUGUCGACGUUCAGCUGGAAACAUUUGAUGCAGACGAAGCUGAGCUGGCUGGAUCGACUCUACCAGGAAACCACAGCGUCCUCCUGAUGAUCAUCACCCUGAGGACGGAGGAUGAGGUCAUGUGACACAACAUGUAUAGUUCUGUAGAAAAUGUUACAUUUUACAUCUUGUAAUAUGUAAACAAAAUGAGUUUACUGUCAUUAAAAUGAUGAAAUAUGAACCUACAUGACUGAAUCUCAUUUGAAACACAAAAAGUUCAGGUUUAUUUUGUCACAUUAAUAUCUGUAAACACCCCCGGUGGUGAAGGAGAGGUACUGCAGGUCCUUCCUUCCUGCUGCUGUCAGGCUGCACAACCAGCUCUGCUCCCAGCAGACCACAUGACACAUGACAAUAAAAACACUGUGCAAUAAUAGUUAAAAUAGUUUUUUUCUGUCUGUAAAUAUUAUAUUUCAGUUAUUGUGUUUUACUACUGUUUUUAUUGCUUAUUUAUAAUACUU